AUGGCGGCGCCGCUGAGGGACCGGUUGAGUUUCCUGAGCCGGCUGCCGGUGCUGCUCCGAGGCACGGCGGACGACGACGUCCCCUGCCCCGGGUACCUGUUUGAGGAGAUCGCCAAGAUCUCCCACGAGUCACCUGGCAGCAGCCAAUGCCUGCUGGAAUAUCUCCUCAACCGGCUGCAGAGCAACUCCUGCCAUGUCAAGCUGAAGGUGCUGAAGAUCCUGCUGCACACAUGCACCCAGGGCUCCCCCCAGUUCAUCCUGCAGCUGAAGAGGAAUGCCUGCUUCAUCCGGGAGGCAGCAGUGUUCUCUGGGCCCCCAGAUCCCCUCCAUGGCAACAGCUUGAACCAGAAGGUCCGAGCAGCUGCACAGGACUUGGCCAGUAUUCUCUUUUCAGAUACACCACUCCCACAGCCUGCCGUGCUGUCUGCCCGUCCCCUGCCUCCCACGGGCAUGGGCUCCAGCCCCAGCCCCUGCAGCUCCUUGCAAGGAUUCGGCUUCAGCGGUGAGAAAAGCGGCCCUGCAUCAACCGGGGAAGCCCUGCUCAGCACCAUCCAGCGAGCAGCUGAGGCCGUGGCCCAUGCUGUGCUCCCCUCCUCAGAGGGGCCCCAGCCUCACCACGGGGAGCUUCAGGAAGAUUCCUAUGAGCCUGUGCGAGCUCCUUCCCCUGCCAGGAGCCCACCUGGGGCGGUGAAGCCACCAGCAGCCACUGUGGCCCGCAGCACCCGAGUGAGGCACCAGCCAGGGCUGGCUGGGGGCGGCUGGGAGGAGGCAGACAGUGGGCACAGCUCCCAGGACUCCUCGCAGGGGCACGGUGAGCUGAGCCGCACCUCGGACUCCUGCAGCAGGUCAGGCAGCGACAGCCACUCCAGGGCCAGCCGGGAGCUGCCCCAAGGGGCUGAGAGGGUGGACACCGACAGCCUGGGUGACUGCCUGCGGGAGGUGAACCUGGUGUCAGCACUGACCCACGGUGCCAGGGUCUUCCUCACCAGGGAGGAAGCACAGCACUUCGUCAAGGAGUGUGGGCUGCUGAACUGUGAGGUGGUGCUGGAGCUGCUCAGCCGGGCUCUGGAGGACCCCACUGACAGUGUCCGCAUGAGGUCCAUGUGUGCCAUCUCCUCACUCAUGUGCUCUGACUUGCUCUCCCUGGAUCAGAUCUUUGCUGUGACUCGGCAGCACCUCCAGCAGCUCAGCCAAGGCAGCCCUGGCCCCGUCGCCAACCGAGCAACCAAGAUCCUGCGGCAGUUUGAGGCUCUCUGCAGGGGCCAACCUUCCCCAAAGAAACCAGACCCCUCCGCCCUGGCCAUGGGCUCAGCCCGGUGCCCUGGGGACCUGCUGGCAGACAUCCCAGCCCUGGCAGAGAGCAUCCUCAUCCCACUGAGCCCAGCCCCGCUCCCUGUGCCUCCCUCACCCUGCAGCGAGGAGCAAGGGCUGGAAGCGGAGACCCAGGAGCAGCCCAGUGCUGCGGUGCCAGCCUGUCCCUGUGAGCAGGAGGUGGUGAGCAGGCUGGCAGGGGACACUCUGGGCACACCUACACCCUCCCACACCCUGUCCCUCUUCGCUGGUAUGGAGCUAGUGGCUCGGCCUGGCACGGUGCUCUGCUCGGACUCUCUGCUAGAAGAGCCACGGACACUGUCCCAGCCCCAGGACAGACAGAUGGACACAGAGGGCAGCCAACAGCCCUCGGCCUUUGCCUUUCUCAACAUGUAG